UGUUUCUGCACUGUACGUUGGCUCUGGUUUAUGCUCUUAGAUGCUUGUUUGAAGAAAGGAGAUGCACUUCUGACUUCUGGUGACGAGUUUUUUCUCUCGAAAACCAAUGUUGAAUACACUUAUUGUAAGUCGCUUUGGAUAAAAGCGUCUGCUAAAUGACUGUAAUGUAAUGUAAUGCAAUGUCUCGGAGUGUUUUUUCGAUGAAACGCUGGGAUGAAGGUAUCCCCAGAGACCAGCCAGAAAAAGACGCUCAGACACGCAAUGUGACUUCUGGUUCUUGUUUUCAGUUUAAACUAUUUGACUCGACGUAUGGACCGGAUUUCCAUCCGACAUUUGAAGUUUUCCUGACCCCCAACAUGAAGACAGUGACUUUGUCGAUCCAGGACGAAGAGAGGAACGCAGUCUGGGAGCGUCGUAUAUUACUGGAAGGUCCAAGAGCGGGAAUUCAACAGACAAAUCCCGGCAGGGUCCCGGCACAGGACAGGGUCCCGGCACAGGACAGGGUCCCGGCACAGGACAGGGUCCCGGCAGAACAGAAGCUGGUCUCAGUUCGGACUCAAUUUGUCAACAGAGUGUCUGAUUCUGUCCUGGACCAGCUGCUGGAUAAACUUCUUGAGCGCGGAGUGAUUACUGACGCUGAAAUGCAGUCGAUCAGAACAAGAAACAGAGCAGAUAAAGCACGAGAUGUGAUUGACACGGUGAGAAGAAAGGGAUCUGAAGCCUGCUCAGUUCUGAUCGCUGCUCUCUGUGAGGUGGACGAGUGGCUUUACACAGCGCUGAACUUCAGCUGAAGAUGAACCAAGAACUGUGGAGUGAUGAUGAUGAUGAUGAUGAUGAUGAAUCUCUUCAACAGUUGUCUCACAUGACUUAUUGUAAUCUUUAACGGUGCACAAUACGAGGCAGCGUUUCCCACAGGACUUUGUGGGACUGUGGAAGAAAAGUUUGUACGUUUUAGCAGUUUUCAGCAACACGGGGAUAUAAAGUUCUUUACACGAAUCAGACAUUAAGAAAAUAUGAAAAACACACUAUUAUUAAAAACCAUGAAAUUUUACUUUGAAUGUUCACGGUCCUCAGAGGAUACACCGUGGUGAAAAACUUCCACUUUGUUUCGUUUACUGUCAGAUUUCACCCAGGAGACCGAUGUUCAAGUCCAUGUUGAGUUAUUUGAAGUUCUGCUACUUAAAAGGAACGACAACAUUUACAUGCACUUAUAUUCCAAAUAUGACAAUAUUUGGAAUUUGUUGUGGAUCAUUCAAACAAAUGAGCAUUUUUUCGUAUACUGUAAGUGUUUUGAAGUUGACCCACUUUGCGCUAAGCAGGACUCAUUCUGUGAACGUGAACGUCCCGACGGUUUGAGGAGACGAAUGAGCUUCCUGGCCUCGUUUCCUACCUGCGGCUUCGUCCUUGGACCGUCUACCUCCAGCGGCUUCCCGCUGAACAGAACUGGGCCAAUGAGGCGUUCAUCCGCACUGGGCAUUCUGGGAAAUGAUCCGCACAGAUGGAGAGAGCGUUCCCUCGGCUCGCUCUCCGGUGUGGUUGUUAUUUCUGAGCAGCAGACGUGUUUUACAAUCUGGUUGUAUGUGAAAUAUAUCAGCUAAUGAAAUAUUCAUGGUUUGAUGCUCUCCUGUAUGUCUCUCUACGUACUCUUAAUAGUGAUGCAGUAAAAUGACAGUAAAUCAUCUUUUAUCCAUCUAUCCAUCCAGCUAUAUAUCUAUCCACAUACAGUUGUGUGAAAAAGUGUUUGCCCCCUUCCUGAUUUCUUAUUGUUUUGCAUGUUUGUCACACUUAAAUGUUUCAGAUCAGUUUGUUGAGUUUAGGCAACGAA